GGCAAGUUCAAAACUUUCGACUGUUGCGGCACUUGGGACAUCCCAACUUUGCCAGCAACCCUCAAACCUCACAUCAUGUCGCUAGCAGCAAUGGCAAAUCCGUCCCUUCUGCGAGUCGGCCGUUGCUCUUCCUGCAUCUUCUCGGCGCUGCGACCGAUUAUCGCCCGCUCUGCAGGUGCAGGACCACAGGCCCGGGUCUCAUUGGCAAUAUCGGAAACCCGACGGCUCGCCCCGCUCACUGCCGCGCCAUUCUCGACUUUGCGGCCCACCCCGCGACUAUUAGGGAGUCCAUCGAUUGAAGAACGGGUUGAGAAGCAGCCCGGCCAUGACAAGCAGGGCAAUGGCCCGUCCUCCGACUCGAGUAACUCCGAUGUGCCGUGGUAUCUCCAGGUCGAGCCCCCAAGACACCCGACGCUGGUGAGCGAGCCGGCACCGUUGCCCGAGAUUCCCGACAACUCGCCCAAACUGAUGGAGCCGCUGCUCAAGUAUGUGGCGGACGAGCUAGGCAUGGACAACCUGUCGCUGCUCGACCUGCGCGCCAUAGACCCGCCGCCGGCCCUGGGCCCGGGCUUGCUGAUGGUGUUGGGGACGGCCCGCAGCGAGCGUCAUCUUCACGUUUCGGCGGACCGCCUUGUCAGGUGGCUCCGUGGCCGCGGCGUCACGGCGAAGGCCGAUGGGCUCCUUGGGCGCAACGAGCUGAAGAUCAAGCUCAGGCGGCUUGCCCGCAAAGCGAAGCUGCUAGGCAAUUCCGGAGUCAUGCGCGGCGGGGACGACGGUAUCAGCACGGGGUGGGUGUGCGUCAAUCUCGGCUUGGUCGGGGGCUCGCACAAGGAGGUACAAAUCCUGGACGAGAAGGGUAGGCCAACAGGGUUUGGUGUGCCGCAGACGGGCAACACCAUUGUCGUCCAAUUACUCACCGAAUCCCGACGCCGUGAUCUCGACCUGGAAGGGCUGUGGACUGGGAUGCUGCAACAAAGUCUGGAGAAACUGGCUGGAUCGUCGACCAAGCCUGCUCCCAAGACAGCUCAGCCUGCUUCAGAGACUCCGCCGGCAUCAUCAUCCUGAACCCUCAGUAGACCACACGGCUAGGUCAUGCCGUGAACUUCUCAUCGUCGGCUGUUUGCCAAUGUCCCAACAUGAAUGACGGACGAAGAACU